AUGCCUCCACUUCCACAUCUCCGACACAUUCCUGCCAGAGUACCCAAAUAUGGACUCGGCAUCAAUGGAUAUUGCCCAGGAACUCGUGGCGCAGAAUGGAACCUGGCAAGUGCCUCUUCCUCCAAGUCGUUAUCCAGCGGCAGUGCACCCGACAACGCACCCAAUGCUGCGAAACCGAAGAUUCCCAAGAACAUCAUGCCGCCAAGUCCGCCGACAAACAAGAGUUGUUCGCCAACGGAAGGUAGUCCUGAAGGAUUAAGUGACAUGGUGGAGGAAUAUUGGUUAUCUGGCGCAGAGUGA